AUGGCUGCUGGAAAGGUCACGAAGCACGCCGGGGAAUCCGCCGCCGAAGACCCGACCUGGGUGGCGCUGGCGCUCAGCCAAUCCUACUGGAUUUGCACCUUCAGCAACAACCAGAGCAGCGCAGAAACCAUCCAGGAGGAGCUGGGAGGAGGAAACUGGAGCACCUCCUCCUUCUACAUGGCGAUGCACUGCCCCAGCACCGUUGGGACGGCCAUGGUGUUUGACGACGAGGCCAUGCCACUCACUCGCUCCUGGUGCUUGUUCGAACUCCUGCAAACGACGAUCCUCAAGAAGGCGCGUGGCCAGAGGUACCGUGGUCUGAAGCUUUGCUCGCCGUUGGGCAUCAUGAACAAUGGGAGUGGGAGCAUGGACCUGGCCCUGAACGUCAGCCGGAAGCUCGCCAACCUCCGGCUCCAGGACGCCCAGGCCAGUGUGCAGAGCGACAAGGAGAUGAUUGAGAAUUUGGUGUUGGCUGAGUACACUUCUCACUUGCAGCGUGCGGCUCCGGACGCGACUCGGAGCACCAUGAGGGAACUGUGGCUGCUAGGGGCUGUGGCGAGCAUCUUGCUCUCAGUCACCUUGAAAGGCUGCGCGAUGGAGGAAGACUCGUAUGUGUGUCAGGCAGACAAGUUCGAUUGUGUGGGACUCGAGGAGUUCUGCAACGAAAAAGAAAGGAUCUGCAAGGCCAUGAGGUGGGAGUGCCGAAAUGGCCAGCUGGUUUGCCAGUCCGAGAGUGAGGACAUGUGUGCGCAGCUCCGCGUGGAUUGCUCCAAGGAGAAGGGCAGCUCACUUGGAAAGGGGGGAAGCCCCGGAAGCUCCCUGAUCCAGGUCGCGCAGGAUGACGCCGAGGACACCUCCCCGCGGGCUUUCAUCCACCGGCAGCGCAAGAAGAUGACGAGCAUCGGGGCGUAG